UUCAGCAGCUCUACUUAAGGCGGAGCGCUCGGGCAGCCGGGGCAGAGGAAGGCUCCGUCCCCGCACAGCCGCUGCCCGCCGCUGCCCGCCGCUGCCCGCCGCUGCCCGCCGCUGCCCGCGCCACCCCGGGGCCAUGCUGCCUGCCACCUCCAAGCUCUGCGCCGCCAUCUCCUACAGGCACCUGCGCAACAUGACCGGGCUGCGCAGACAAGCGGCGGUCACCAUCAGCCAGGAGCUGAGCAAGUUCGCCUGCCGCAGCCCCGGACCCGGCGCCUGGAUCAACCAGGUCCGCAGGAGGAGCUCCCUGCUCAGCUCAAGGCUGGAGGAGAAGCCCUUCAGUGAGAUGGAAAUGUCUUACAUCAAGCAAGGAGAGGAAGCCCUUCAGAAGUCACUCAGGAUCCUGGAGGACCAGGGUGGCUGGAAGACAGAGACCGAGGUGCGUAACGGAGACAAAGUGCUGAGCAAGGUGCUGCCAGACGUGGGCAAGGUCUUCCGGCUGGAGGUGGUGGUGGACCAGCCCCUGGACACGGUCUACAGCGAGCUGGUGGACAGGAUGGAGCAGAUGGGAGACUGGAACCCCAGCGUCCAAGAAGUCAAGAUCCUCCAGAAGAUCGGGAAGGACACAGUCAUCACCCACGAGAAGGCAGCUGCUGCCCCCGGGAACAUCGUGGGGCCGCGGGACUUCGUCAGCGUGCGCUGCUCCCGGCGGCGCGGCUCCAGCUGCGUGCUGGCUGGCAUGGCCACCACGCACCGAGCCAUGCCGCAGCAGGAUGGCUUCGUCAGAGCCGAGAACGGCCCCACCUGCAUGAUCCUGCGCCCGCUGCCCGGCCGCCCGGCGCAGACCAAGCUGACCUGGCUCCUCAGCAUCGACCUGAAGGGCUGGCUGCCCAAGACCAUCAUCAACCAGGUCCUCUCCCAGACGCAGGUCGACUUCGCCAACCACCUUCGGAAGCGCCUGGCGCGGGCGGCGGCAGUGAGCUGCUGACCGCAGGCACCCAUCCUGCCCUGCUCGGCUCAGGGUGCAGGGUAGGGACUCAUGUAACGGGGCAAGUCGGCCCCAGCCUGUGCUAAUUAGCCAAGCCCCGGAGGAGUAGAUGCCACUAAUUAACGCAGACCUUCAACAAAGAAAGCUUUGGCUACUGAGCCUCACUCGGGAGGGAGGAGGGCAGGGCCAGCAGCUGCUCCUCCUGCAAACGCAGCACCCAAAAGCUGAGGCAAGUCCUGAACUCUCCUCACUUGAGCACACUGCUCCCUCCCUCACCAGCCAAAGAAAGGAAAGCUUUAAUUAGUGGUCUCUGCUGUUAAAGGCUGUGGCUAAUUAGUUCCUAGGGAGGUCCCAGACACCUGAGCAGAGAGGCAGGAGGGGCCUGGACGUGCUUGGUGGGGGCAAACACAGGACUUAGGCUCCAAUUUUAGUCCCCUCCUUCCCCCAAAACACUUAGCUGAAGAUGUUAUUCCCUCCUCCCCCCUCCUUGAAGCAGCUCUAAUUUAUUGUUCCUGUACAGGCACACACAAAGUGUCCAAUUAUUAAUAACUAUUUAUUAGUUCAAGGCUGAACCCCUGCAGGAGGCCCUGCCUGAGCUGCCAGCGCAGCGAGCAGGAGCAGACCUCUCCCGUCGCUACCUGGGACUCUCAAAGCUCAUUCCUAACAAGAAGACACAAAAAAUUCCAAACCCUCAAAAGUUAAAAGAGUUUAAAGCCUUUUAUUUUUCAACUGGUUUCCAGUUUGUGGGGCAAUAAAAACCCAAGAGUUUGGCCAGCAGCUGAGUGUCACUGCUACGUGCAGCCUGGCUGGAAGCUGGCCCAAGAGCUGAGCAGGUGGGGGUGGUGUUGCUCCUGCAAGUGUCCCACAGCAGACAGGUCCAGCUGCUGCCUGCUCUCACCCAACCACUGCCUGUAACAAGGCCAGCAUGGCACAGGAGACAGGAGCUGAGCACAGGAGACAGGAGCUCAGCAGGAGUUGGGCUUCUUCAGCUGGGGCAGUGACUGAAGGCACCGAGAGCUGCCCAAACCUCGCACAACGCUCACGGGAACUGCUCCCGCUCAGCCUCCAGCAGAGGGGUGGAGCAGGUUUGCAAAGCCCAGGCCUGCCCUGGCUGGGUGCUGAGUGCUGCCAGCUGCUCUGCAAUAAAGCCCCUGGCCUGCCUGCUGCUCUG